CGUUAAAAAAAAUAAAUGAAAUAAUAAUAAGCUUAAAAAAAAAGGAACAAAGUAAAGCAGCUUGUAUGUUUAUACUAGACAUAUUAACGGAUUAGAUGACCCCUGUGGCUUUCGAAUUAUGCAAGCUCUCUUGCACUGAGACAUCUGGUCUAUUGAGAUGUGUGCAAUAACAGUAGCGGAUCACAUCCCAAGAAACCGCCAGUGGUAUCAAUUACAUUGUUAUUAUUGGUGGCUCCUGGGGUAGAUACCCCAAUAGAGAUAAUACACUGGUAUAAGAGCAUACACAACAAUGAGCAGGUAUGGGGGCUACCAACAAAAUGAUGCCCGAUAUCACCCCACAAACUGUGCAAUGUGAUAGUCAUCAUGUGCAACUAUGCGUUUAAUUCAGAUUCAUCGCGAAAUAGAUACUGUUUAGCAACAAGAGCUAAUGGGCGCCCGGCUUUUGGUACUUCAUCCCUUCUUUUUUGAAUCUCUCCAUCCGGCACUCCAUAUAAAUCAGGGGUAAACUAACUUAAAUUUUUAGUUUAUCGCCAACAAAAUGUCUGGAUCACAUAGACCUAACCGAAAAUCUAGCGAUUUUAGUAUAGCUCGGAUACUUUCUCGAAGUUCAAAUAAGACCAAUCAAUCAACAAAUUUACAUUUAAUUAUGAAUGAAUUGGCAAAAGACCGGGUAAAAAUUCCAGAAAGUUAUAAUGAUACAAGACAUUGUCACGAAUCUAAUCAAUCAAUUAUUAAUACAAGUACAGGUGACAAUGAUAACUUAUCAAGAACGCGAUUUGGAUUUUUUAUCGGUGAAACUCAUUGUGCACCAUCAUCUUCAUCGACGACGAAUGAUAGUGAAUCAAUAAAAACUUCUAAUAAUGAUAUCAAGUGUGAAUUACCUCGUGAUAAUAAUAAAUUAUUGCCAAAUAAUAAUCUUUCUUGGCUUCAGUGUACACGUUAUCGGCCACCAAAGUUACCGAGAAAAUCAUUAGCAGGCAAAAUAUGUAAAAGAAAACCCGCAACUCAUCCAAGGAUUCCAUUCACGUCUUUUCAAUUACAAACACUUGAAGAAAAAUAUAAAAAAAGUGCUUAUCUAUCGCGCAAAGAUGUUGUACAAUUGUCAACAAUUUUACGUUUACCUCACAAUCGAAUUAAAAUUUGGUUUCAAAAUCGUCGAGCGCGAGAUAGAAGAGAAACUCAAGUGACCAAUAGCUUAAUUUAAAAUAUUUAAAUACGUUUUAUUUUCAUAUGGAAAGUUAAUUAUUAUUUUAAUUUUUAUAUGCUACCCAGGCAACAUAAUACAGUUACAGACAAUAAGUUUUUAAUUAAUAAUUAAAAUUGAUAGAUAACAAUAAUUUGAGAUGGCUCUCAAUUAAUUAGCCUAACUUUAAAAUAACUUUGUGCAUACAUCGGCUUUUUUCUAAUUGGUACAAUUAAUGAUACACUAAAA